AUGAAGGGUCAGCUGGAGAGAGCGGAGAGGAAGGAGGGGUGGAGGGGUGCAGCGGCCUGUCUGUGUGUGCUUGUGUUGGCAGGCCUCCCACUCAGCACACAUCCAUCUAUCCAUCCCCCUUUCUUUUUAUCUUCCACCUUCCUGUCUCUCUCAGCGUGUCUGUCAGGCCGUGGGAGAUGUCUGUGUUUGUGAGUGAGGAUUUGGUACCUAAGCCUAGACCCAGACCCAGACCCAGACCCCCACUCCACUCCACCCCACCCCCACUCAGUACCCUGCCUGCCUUCUCUGCCUCAGCUCUCUACCGCUCCCCACAGGUCUCAACACACACAGCACCCAGUGUUAAUGUCUAGAAAGCAAUUAUGCAUCUGCUUUUUUACAUUCUAACCACUUUAAAUUGGUCCUGCAAUUUUCUAGACCAUUGAUUUGUACAUAACAAUUGAAUAUGUUGUUUUGUAUUCAUUCUUCAAGCCCUUGUGUUGACACAGUGUUGGGCUAACUGAAAUAUGAAUGGAGGGUAAGCUAGAGUUUGAAUUCUAGGCCAGGGCCGAUGGCUGCUUGGUGAUUGGCCAUCUUUCUUCUAUCCCUGGUAUCACCCCGGCACAGUGGCAGAGACUCUAUUGUUGCUGAAAUCCUCUUAGCUGGGCAGAGCAGAGCAGCAGAGUAGAGAGGCAGCUAGCAGACAGCUCCACAGAGCUGCAGACCUCCACAGCCUCCCUCCACACACAGCACAGAAUGACACAGUGAUUUACUAAGAACAACACACCAUCCCUCAAAGUCAUCAUUGCAGCAUUUCUCUCUCACACUGCGCGCCUGUGUAAUGCAAAGUGACAACGCAUUGCCCACCUUUUAAUGUCUUUAGAUACGGGGUGGUGAAUGGGAUAAAGUAGGUGUGUGUGUGUGUGUGUGUGUGUGUGUGUGUGUGUGUGUGUGUGUGUGUGUGUGUGUGUGUGUGUGUGUGUGUGGCGAGUGAGGGAUAUUUUGCUUGUUGUUUGAUCCCUCUUUUUUCACAGUCAUUGUCUGUGCUCACUGUGCAGAUGGAAAUUAUGGAGCUGCAGACUCAAAUAACCUCUGGGAUUUAGCUUAUAUACUGUAUGUAACAUAACAAAGCUUAUUGUGCAGUCUGAGAGAAAUGCUUUUUGUGCAGUCGGAGUGAAUUGCAUGGCCAUAACAGGGGUCCACAGGAGUCAAUCCCUCCUCUCUCUUAGAAUUACUUCUUGAUGGGGUCAUUUGAAAUCAGUGUAUCUAUCACUCCCCCUUUCUUAUCCAGCUGUCCAGCCAAUCACCAUCAUUCCCCCUGGUUUGUGUACCAACAGCAUUUACCACCUGAGGCCCAAAACAUGCUAUUAUUUACUAUCAUACAGGGACCCAGGGGUUCUUGUAAUCCUCUUACAAUUUGGCGGAGACAGAGAUUGUUUUCUGACCACUUGUCUGGCCCCCGGCAUAGCCUUAGGUCCUCAUCUCUUCCGGCUCCAGGUGUAGCUCCAGCGCCAAACUCACCCCCAGCCCCAACUCCAGCCUUUCUCCCCAGCCCACACCCCAGCCCUUGAGCCCCAGAUCCCAUCUCCAAUUUUAGCCUCAAACAGGGGACUCAGGGGAGGGCUGGGGCCAUGUUAGCUGGUGAUACAUCAAUAGGCAUUAUACCCUCUGUGGGAUAAGCUCCAAAGGGAAGACAUAACCUUGGCAAUGACUUUGUGGAGGGAGAAGGCGGUCAGUGCUCCUCCGACCAGCCUGCUGUGAAUGUUAACAUGCUCUGGGCCUAGGCUGGGCUGGAACUGGGACUGUGGCUGGGCUUGAGGCUGGGCUUGAGGCUGGGCUCUGUCCAUGAUAUGUGAUGUGCCAAUGUCAGUCUACUGUAACUGUAGACAUCCAAUGCCAAAAGCCUAUUCUGCCUACCAUUUGUCAUUAUAAAAGUGUUAGUAACAGUUGAUCAAUUCUUUAUACAGUAUGUUACUUAUCCAUAUUGUAUUCUUUCUGGCAAUCUGUACAAAGAAUUGUACUGUCUCUUGUUUUGUCUGUAGUAUGCUUAGCAUGUUCAUUCCUUCAGGUGUUGACCUGAUGAUUACUGAUUCAGGUAAGUCUAUGACAUUUUAACCUUGAGACAGAACUACACAGAAACAAUCAAGUGCUGAACUACUGUUCCACCUCUACUGAGGGCUUUCCUUUACACUGUAAAACUGUGAUGGAACUGGGGGUGAAUUAUCACAAAGGUGAGCCCAUCUAUGGAUUGGGGCUACGCCACUAUCUAUGGGCUAGGCAAAUCAAAUAAAUAUGCUGCCAUCCAAUUGACCUUGUGUGGGUAAUCCCCCUUCCUUGAUACCUGGAUUUAUACAUCCCGGCCGCAACCGGGAGAUCCAUGGGGCGGCGCACAAUUGGCCCAGCAUCGUCCAGGUUAGGGGAGGGUUUGGCCGGCAGGGGUAUUCUUGUCCCAUCGCGCACUAGCGACUCCUGUGGCGGGCUGGGCGCAGUGCACGCUGACACGUUCGCCAGGUGUACAGUGUUUCCUCCGACACAUUGGUGCGGCUGGCUUCCGGGUUAAGCGGGCAUUGUGUCAAGAAGCAGUGCGGCUCGGCUGGGUUGUGUUUUGGAGGACGCACGGCUCUCGACCUUCGCCUCUUCUGAUUCCAUACGGGAGUUGCAGCGAUGGGACAAGACUGUAACUACCAAUUGGAUACCACAAAAUUGAAUACAAAAUAAAACAAGAAAGGCUUUUAACUGAACAAACAACUCUAAUGGCCUCCACAUCUAUAGCGCCAGUAGUCAUGUCAUUUUGGGUUUGUUAAGUUGGCUGUUUACCGUCUGUUUAUUUAGCCUCUGCAUGCGCCAGUACUGUGGCAGGUUCUGGUAGGGAAAAGUCAGAAAACGCACAUGGUGGUCGCUAAUCCCAGUGGCACCAUCAAGUUCCCACCACAACCCACAAAUGCCCCCCUCUCCUGUCCCACUUCCCUGUUUCCCACACUACCCUGCCAAGGCGGGCCCGUCCCCGUCCCAGUGCCCUCUGAGUGGUGCGGCUGGUCUCCCAGUCCCAUUAGCCCACACUGAUGCCAAUGCAGGGGAGCCACAGUUAGCCAGGCCUGUUAGAUUAAUAGGUGCUCCGCCCGCCCCACCAUGCAGCGCCAGGCCCGCCGUGUGAUCCUCUCUUUAUGUGUUGAGGAUCAUUACGCCCCGGCUCCAGCUCUGACUACAUCCGCUAGCCUGCGGCCAUCCCCUUCUCUCCUCCUCUAUUCCCUUGCUCCAGGGAGCCACUGUGCUCUGAUAUUAGGAGUGUUAUUAUAAUUUUAUGGAAAGACGGGUGACAACAGUCAGAAGGACUCAGAGCCGAGUGUGGCUCUCAGAGGAAAGGAGGCUAGAUGGAUAGAGAUGGAUAGACACUCCGCUGUGUGUAUGUGCAUGCUGGCUACAAGGAUAAAGCUUUUGCUUUCAGGAGGAUGGUGUUUUAUAAAAGAUCCAAAGGGUUCUCUGUUAUUAAUCGUCUCUGCCCACUCUUUCGCUCUCUUGUUCUCUCUCUCUCUCCUUCUCAGUUGUUUCAGUCCCUGCGGAAAAGUUGGUUUUGCUGAUAUUAUUUCAAGACACAAUCAUCAAGGACAGUUUAGACAAUGGAAUGAUUCCAUUUUGAUGUCUUUAUAACGCUGUGUGAUUGUGCUUCAUUUUAAUGACCAUAUUUCAUGUGGAACGUGUGCUCCCUGAUCAGGGAACAGAUGGCUCAGCAGAAAGCAUAUUUUAACUACCAAAUGACUGUUGCUUUCUACAUAAUGUGGCUGUCUGAUGAGGCACUUGAAGUGAACUCCUAUUUUCCUGUGAAUGGGAUAUUAAUCUUGCCCCCUUCCUCUUCUUCUCCCUCUCUCCUCUCCCCUGUCCACAGGCAUUAUCCACCAGAUGAAAGGAGACUAUGAGACUGCACUGAAACUCCACAAAACCCACCUCUCCAUCGCCCAGGAGCUCAGUGACUAUGCUGCCCAGGGCCGGGCCUACGGUAACAUGGGCAACGCCUACAACGCGCUGGGGGCCUUUGACCAGGCUGUGCGCUACCACCGCCAGGAGCUACAGAUCUCCAUGGAGGUCAACGACCGAGCCUCCCAGGCCUCCACCCAUGGUAACCUGGCCGUGGCCUACCAGGCUCUGGGGGCCCACGACCGCGCCCUGCAGCACUACCAGAACCACCUCAACAUCGCCCGCGAGCUGCGAGACGUCCAGAGUGAGGCUCGCGCACUGGGCAACCUGGGGAACUUCCACUGCUCCCGGGGAGAGUUCCCCCAAGCCGUGCCCUACUACGAGCAGUACCUUCGCUUGUCCCCUGACCUCCAGGACAUGGAGAGUGAGGGGAAAGUCUGCCACAACCUGGGCUACGCCCACUACUGUCUGGGAAGCUACCAGGACGCUGUCAAGUACUAUGAGCAGGACCUAGCCCUGGCUAAGGACCUGCAUGACAAGCUGAGCCAGGCCAAGGCCUACUGUAACCUUGGACUGGCCUUCAAGGCUCUGGGUGACUUUACCAAGGCAGAGGAGUGUCAGAAGUACCUGCUCUCUUUAGCCCAGUCUCUUAAUAAUGCACAGGCCCGCUUCCGAGCCCUGGGCAACCUGGGGGACAUCUUUGUCUGCAAGAAGGAUGUGACCGGAGCUAUCCAGUUCUAUGAGCAGCAGCUCACCCUGGCUCACCAGGUGAGAUUCACUAGGUCCUGGUUGUAGUCAUAGUCACAGGAAAGGUCUCCACUUUGUCUGCAUACAGUAAGAGAGAUUAACGUUAUAUACUUUUAAGUAAGUACAGCACUCCAUUGAUUUUGAAAGGCAGGGCUGUUAAUGUAAUACUGUUGCUGUUGGUCAUUUGCUGAUGCACUGAAAUCCUAUCUGUGCUUUGUUUCAGAUGAAGGAGCGCAGGAUGGAGGCGUGUGCCUACGCUGCCCUGGGUGCCGCCUACAGACUGGUGCAGAAGUACGACAAGGCCCUGGGCUACCACACCCAGGAGCUGGAGGUGUACCAGGAGCUGGGCGAUGUGCCCGGGGAGUGUAAAGCCCACGGCCACCUGGCAGCUGUCUACAUGGCCCUGGGGAAGUACGCCAUGGCCUUCAAGAGCUACGAGGAGCAGCUAGAGCUGGGCCGCAGACUGAAGGACCCGGGGGUAGAGGCCCAGGUCUACGGCAACAUGGGCAUCACCAAGAUGAACGUAGGGGUGAUGGAGGAGGCUAUAGGCUACCUGGAGCAACAACUGGCCACCCUGCAGCAGCUGAGUGGCAACGAGGCCGUACUGGACCGGGGCAGGGCCUAUGGUAACCUGGGAGACUGUUACGAAGCCUUAGGGGACUUUGAGGAGGCCAUUAAAUACUACGACCAGUACCUGUCUGUGGCCCAGAGCCUGAACCGCAUGCAGGACCAGGAGAAGGCCUACCGAGGCCUGGGGAAUGGACACAGGUCAGUGACAUCGCUCAUUAGCCCCUACUAAACAUACGUAAAAACCUGUAAUGUAACUGGUUAUACGCUGGCCAAAAGUAUGUGGACACCCCUUCAAAUUAGUGGAUUCGACUAAUUCUGACACACCUGUUGCUGACAGGUCUGUCCUCGGUUGUAACACUCACUACCGAGUUCCAAACUGCCUCUGGAAGCAACGUCAGCACAAUAACUGUUUUGGCCGAGCAGCUGCACACAAGCCUAAGAUCAACAUGUGCAAUGCCAAGCGUCGGCUGGAGGGGUGUAAAGCUCGCCGCCAUUGGACUCUGGAGCAGUGGAAAUGCGUUCUCUGGAGUGAUGAAUCACGCUUCACCUUCUGGCAGUCCGACGGACGGAUCUGAGUUUGGCGCAUGCCAGGAGAACGCUACCAGCACGAAUGCAUAGUGCCAACUGUAAAGUUUGGUGGAGGAGGAAUAAUGGUCUGGGGCUGUUUUUCAUGGUUUGGGCUAGGCCCCUUAGUUCCAGUGAAGGGAAAUCUUAAUGCUACAGCAUACAAUGACAUUCUAGACGAUUCUGUGCUUCCAACUUUGUGGCAACAGUUUGGGGAAGGCCCUUUCCUGUUUCAGUAUGGCAUUGCCCCCGUGCACAAAGCGAGGUCCAUACAGAAAUGGUUUGUCGAGAUCGGUGUGGAAGAACUUGACUGGCCUGUACAGAGCCCUGACCUCAACCCCAUCGAACACCUUUGGGAUAAAUUGGAAUGCCGACUGCAAGCCAGGCCUAAUCGCCCACACUCAGUGCUCGACCUCACUAAUGCUUUUGUGGCUAAAUGGAAGCAAGUCCCCACAGCAAUAUUCCAACAUCUAGUGGAAAGCCUUCACAGAAGAGUGGAGGCUAUUAUAGCAGCAAAGGGGGGCCCAACUCCAUAUUAAUUCCCAUGAUUUUGGAAUGAGAUGUUCGACGAGCAGGUGUCCACAUACUUUUGGUCAUGUAGUGCAGCUCUUUAUCAAGUCACUCAGUAGGCAAAUCAUGCUAAUUUGCUUUAGGCCUAACAUCAUACAAAAUAUUGGCAUUUCUCUCACUCCCUGCAGUAACCCACUUUUCCCACUGAAUGAGCCACUUAGAUACUGUUCCAGGUAAGCACUGUCAUCUGUCCAAAUGUCCUCUUCUUGAAGUAGUGAUUGGACUAAAGUGUCACUAAAGGAUUGGAUUGGGUAUACAUGGUGUCUCUGUAGCUCCACACUGAACAGUGCUGUAGCUCUGUAAUGAAAAUCUGUGGUUGGAAGAAAAGCACUCUAAAACCAUGAAAUCUUUGAUUGCCUGUUACGAAAAGCUAAUAUCUGAAUCAUAGAUGAAGAGUCCUGCUGAUGAAAGUAUAAAUAGAACUUGAAUUUGUCUUUUUCUCGGUUAAUAACAUUUAAAGGUAUCAUAUUUCUAAUACACCUAAGCCACUGUUGCAAUCAGAAAGCCGUUCUGCCAUUGAAUGUUGACAAUAUCAAUUUCUUCUGGUUGUUGCGGUGACAGAUAAUUUGCUUUGACGGGUAUUACUAAUAAUCAUAGUAAUCCUACUUUGCGUAAUCCUUUUUUCAUUUUGUGCCCGCUGCUGUUUUUUCUGCUUGCGCUGGUGCUUGCACUUCAGGACCACCAUAGUUUAGAGACACCUUGACGGUUGGUGUUGAGGAUCCUGAGGCUGAGUGAGGCUGGUGCUGGCCUACUGACCCCCAGCUGAUCUGUAUGCAAAGAGGCUUUGGCAGACAGACGUCUGAAACUGGGGGAAUCGCAGUUAAUGCGAGACAACCUUUUACAUUCUUUCUCUUUUCUCCACUUUCUCUUCCCCAUAUGUGCGUCUGAGAGCUGAUAACAUCCUGAUAGAAUACAGGGCGAAACAAAACGCGGCGGCAGCAACCGAGUCAUAAUUUCAGAGAAUACUUUUUCCUCUUAUUGUGCAUCAACAAGCCACCAUAACAAUCAGACAGAACCCUGCAUUAGCCAUACAUGAGCUGACUGGGGAAGAAUGUACAUCUGACUCCUACCAUCCUCACUUCCUCAUCUCUCUAUCCCCCUCGCGCUCUCGCCCUCGCGCUCUCGCCCUCGCGCUCUCUCUCCCAGAGACUUUACUCAACCAUCUCACAUUAACACACAACAUUAAUUAAUCUCAAGCCUUUUAUUCUUUUAAUGGUCCUUUUCAAAUGACAUCCAGCAAUUGUUGCUUCGCCUGGGAAUGUGAAAAUGGUCUAUUUGCAAGGUUUCUGCAGCGUGUGCAAGGCGUUCAAGAGAACAAAACCUUGGUAUGAAUGCAGGUCUUAGCCAGUGUGUAAGCCCAUUCACAGAGAUAGACAGAACCUGUAUCUUCCAUGUGACAUCCCAUCUAGGCCAAGUGGAAGGUGAAUUAUAUUAUCUAGCACCCCCCAGCCGAUUGUAUCAUUACCCCCUCAGCCCUUCCUCAUUCCCUGCCUCUUCCCUCUACACACACAUUAGCAACGGUCAUCGAAAUUGUUAAAAGGUUUUAAAAUCAAAUGCAACAGUUAGACAAUGGAUGAAGAUACUCCAAACUUUUUGAAUUUUUAUAAUCCAUCAGAUAUUUACUAAAUUAUAACACAUCAAAUAUUUUACUGGCAGGGACAACUCAAUCAAGUUUGCUGACGACACAACAGUGGUAGGCCUGAUUACCAACAACGAUGAGACAGACUACAGGGAGGAGGUGAGGGCCCUGGCGGAGUGGUGCCAGGAAAAUAACCACUCCCUCAACGUCAACAAAACGAAAGAGCUGAUCAUGGACUACAGGGCCGCAGUGGAGAGGGUCAAAAGCUUCAAGUUCCUUGGCGUGCACAUCACUGACAACCUGAAAUGGUCCAAUCACACAGACAGCGUGGUAAAGUAAGCGCAACAGCGCCUUUAUCGACCUUUGGCUUGGCCCCUAAGAUCCUCACAAACUUCUACAGAUGCACCAUUGAGAGCAUCCUGUUGGGCUGUAUCACCGCCUGGUACGGCAAUUGCACCGUCCACAACCGCAGGGCUCUCCAGAGGGUGGUGUGGUCAGCCCAACGCAUCACCGCUGGCACACUGCCUGCCCUCCAGGACAUCUACAGUACCCAGUGUCACUGAAAGACCAAGAAGAUUAUCAAGGACCUCAGCCACCCGAGCCACGGCCUGUUCACCCUGCUACCAUCUAGAAGGCGGAGACAGUGCAGGUGCAUCAAAGCUUGGACCGAGAGACUGAAAAACAGUUUCUAUCUCCAGGCCAUCAGACUGUUAAACAGUCACCACUAGCCGGCCUCCUCCCAGUACCGGCUACCACCCGGUACUCUACCUUUCACCUUAGAGACUGUUGCCCUAUGUACAUAGAGUCAUUGAACACUGGUCACUUUAAUAAUGUUUACAUACUGUUUCACUCACCUUAUAUGUAUACACUGAGUGUACAAAACAUAGACUAACCAGGUGACUCCAGGUGGUCCCUUAUUGAUGUCACCUGUUAAAUCCACUUCAAUCAAUGUAGAUGAAGGGGAGGAGACAAGUUAAAGAAGGAUUUUUAAGCCUUGAGACAAUUGAGACAUGGAUUGUGUAUGUGUGCCAUUGCCGGUGAAUUGGCAAGACAAAAUAUGUAAGUGCCUUUGAAUGGGGUAUGGUAGUAGGUGCCAGGCGCACCGGUUUGAGUCUGUCAAGAACUGCAACGCUGAUGGGUUUUUCACACUCAACAGUUUCCCAUGUAUAUCAAGAAUGGUCCACCACCGAAAGGACAUCGUAACUAUGGGAAGCAUUGGAGUCAACAUGGGCCACCAUCCCUGUGGAACGCUUUCGACACCUUGUAGUCCAUGCUCCUACGAAUUGAGGCUGUUCUGAGUGCAAAAGGGGGUGCAACUCAAUAUUAGGAAGGUAUUCCUAAUGUUUUGUACACUGUAUUCUAGUCAUGGCUCAUCCUAUAUUAUUUAUUUGUGUAUUUUUCUGGAUUAUGUGUUUAUUGUUUUUUAUUGCUAGGUAUUACUGCACUGUUGGAGCAAGAAACACAAGCAUUUCUCUGCACCUGUGAUAACAUCUGCAAAUCUGUGUACGCAACCAAUAAACUUUGAUUUGAUUUGACAAAUAAUGAGUUGAGGGAUUUUGGUGAGAAUUCAAGUAUUCCAUUUAUUGUCAAAUAAAUGUAAAGAAAUCUUAGAAGAAGAAAAAAACACUCAUAUAUACAUUUUCCUAUUUUAUCAGGUAUUUUAAAAAAUAUUUUGUUGUUAAAAUAAAGACAAUUAUAUGUGGCAUAAAGUGUUGUUUUUUUUUUACCCCUUUUUUCAUGAUAUCCAAUUACGAUCUUGUCUCAUCGCUGCAACUCCCCAACAGGAGAGGCAAAGGUCGAGUCAUGCGUCCUCCGAAACAUGACCCGCCAAACCGCGCAUUUUAACAACUGCCCGCACCAAUGUGUCGGAGGAAACACCGUUCAACUGACAACCAAGGUCAGCCUGCAGGCACCCGGCCCACCACAAGGAGUCACUAGAGCGCGAUGAGCCCUGGCUAAACCCUCCCCUAACCCGGACAACGCUGGGCCAAUUGUGCGCCGCCCUACAGGACUUCCGGUCACGCCAAUUGUGACACAGCCUGGGAUUGAACCCGGGUCUGUAGUGACGCCUCAAGCACUGCGAUCCAGUUCCUUAGACCGCUGCACCACUCGGGAGGCCCUGCAUUUCUAUAGAUUAAAUGGAAAGACAAUGUAUUCCAUUGAGCCCAUUUCAGCCAUUACCGGAGUGUUUGACAGGUCAUUACAAACAUUUCCGUGGUCAUAAUGUUAACAGGAAAAACGACAGGCACAAGCAAGAAUAUGAAAGAGUCACAGGAGUAAAAUGAAAGCAAUCAAUCAAGUGGAUUUUGCACCCUUCAAACAGGAAGUAGAUGGCAUGCGCGUUGCUACACACACACACACACACACACACACACACACACACACACACACACACACACACACACACACACACACACAGUCCUCAGAGAGUCAUCUGCUGUGCUUUUUGUUGGGAAUCUGAAUAUUAAUUCCCACUGAAAUGAUGCAGACCUUGGCAAAUGGCAUAGUUCCUGCUGUUGUGACAAUGUGAUGUGUGUUCCUCAUUCUUCCCUUAUAGCACAAUGUGGCCAUAUGUGCAGAUUAGAUAAAAGCUGUUCUACUAUCCCUGUGAUAGGAGAUAAGCAGAGAGAUGAACAGGGUUACUGUGAGAGGAGUGCGCUUGGAGGACACAGUCUCUGUGGCACGAGUCUGUUUGUUCAAAGCACCAGAUGGCAAUUACAGGGUGUUUUAGUAGGCAUAUAAUGUAGUUAACCUAACUCUUUCCCUGUCUGCCCAGUUGACCCUGUUUGACUCCCCCUCGUCCUGCCCUGACUCUGUGUCUCCCCCUGCAGGGCGAUGGGUAACCUGCAGCAGUCCCUGGUUUGCUUUGAGAAGCGGCUGGUGGUGGCCCAUGAGCUUGGUGAGUGUGGAGGGAAGGCCCAGGCCUACGGGGAGCUGGGGGCUCUCCACAGCCAGCUGGGGAACUAUGAACAGGCCAUCUCCUGUCUGGAGCGCCAGCUAGGCAUCGCCCGCGACACCCAGGACCGCCCACUAGAGGGUGACGCUAGCUGCGGCCUGGGUGUGGUGUAUCAGUCCAUGGGGGAGUACGAGACUGCCCUGCGCUGCCACCAGAGUGACCUGGAGAUCGCAGAGGAGACGGGCAGCCCCGCCCGACAGAGCCGUGCCUAUGGCAACCUGGGCCUCACCUAUGAGUCGCUAGGCAACUAUGAGCGUGCGGUGGUGUUCCAGGAGCAGCAUCUGAGUGUUGCAGCUCAGACCAACGACCUGGCAGCCAAGACCCUGGCCUACGGUAGCCUGGGGAGGACACACCACGCGCUGCAGAACUACUCACAGGCUGUCAUGUAUCUGCAGGAAGGUGAGUGGUGGGGUCGGGGAAUAGAAGGGAGGAUGGGUUACUCAUAUAUAUAUAUAUAUAUAUAUAUAUAUAUAUAUAUAUACUGUAUUAUAAUAAUACUGUGCUCCAUAGACUACAUAGACUUUAGUGACACGAAAGGUGUUGGGACAGCUUCCAAAGGAGAAUAUAUAUCUGAAAGGCAUGAAUUAAACACAUACUAUAUGCAAGUUCUUGAAGUAAAGCCAAGUUAUAAUUCUUCCAACAGCUGCAAUUUUUAUCAAUAGGCUUAUAUUUUAUGAUUAUACUGUUUGUGUUUUUCUUUGAGUAUUUGUCGGUUUUUUAUUAGCUUGUGUGAGGAUGUUUUUGUGUGAGUGUCAUUGUCAUUGUGUAUUUUAGUUUUGUGUGUAUGUGCGUGUGUGUUUGUGUAUGAUUUUGUGUGUGAGAGCUCAUCUCCAUGCUGCAUGCUGAGGCAUUUAGCAUGUUUACUGGCUCCUAUUCUUCACACCUCUAUAUCCCUUCUCUCAGAUGGCACUUUCAAAUGAGCUGCCAAAGGAUCUUUUCACACACUGUGGCUGACAGACUCCUGCCUCUCACGCUUCAUUGUCCUCUACAGAUAAUGGUGAAAUAAAAAGCUGCAACCCUGGCUGUCUAAAACUCAUUAUGCCAAUAACAGUGCAGAGAGUGUUUGUCACAGGGAUGACGUGACAAGAAGCAGCGUGCAGGGCUCCGGGGAAGCUGUUAGGAGAGUGGCCACCAGCGCCAUUUACAAGCAUUUUGCAGCGGCACACCCAGGGCAUUACACCCCAAAGCCUGUUUGCAGACAGGGAAAAUGAUCUCUCUGGGUUUAUAGGUUGUUUCAUCAUUUCUCCUCUAAGGAAGACAUGAACAGGAAUGCCUUCCCUAGCCUUUCCUCUCCUCUAAGCCACCAGUGCUUGUAGUGACCUAGACAUCGUUCCAGGUUCUGCUUGUUGGAAACAUUGAAGGAAGGCCACUCUAUCUCUUCCCUGUCCUCUUACUGUCCCCUGCUCUGUCCUUGCAUUGUUCCUUGGUCCAGCUUUGAAAAUUAACUCUACCUUCCUUGUCCAUGACAGCCAAUUAUUUCUGGCCAACCUACCUAGACCUAAAAGUUGGCAAUGUUUUCCUUUUUUUCCCCUACAUUUUAUUUUUCAUGCCGCACUGCUUGUUUUUUGUUUUUGCUUCCUGAAAAAGAUGAUUGGAAGGAGCCCUAGGAAAGAAGCUCCACUCGAGUGCCUAUAGUGACAGCAUGUGACCUCAGCGAUGCGUGUGUGUGUGUGUGUGUGUAUGUGUGUGUGUGUGUGUGUGUGUGUGUGUGUGUGUGUACAUGCCUCACGGUAGGAAGGAGAGAGACACAGCAGUGUUAAUGCCUGCAGUAUUAUUUUAUUUAAAAAUAUAUAUAAUUUAUAAUUAGGUGACACUUUGUGACACUGUGUGUAGCUGUGUGAAGUGUGUAUGCAAUAUUUGCAUAUAUGCAUUGUAUAAUGAUUAAAAGAGAGAGAGAGGUGUCUUUACACAUGCAUGCGUACGACAGGAGGCUGCUGAGGGGAAAACGGCUCAUAAUAAUGGCCGUAAUGGAGCAAAUGGAAUGGCAUCAUACACCUGGAAACCAUGUCUUUAAUGUAUUUGAUACAAUUCCACCAAUUCCACUCCAGUCAUUACCACAAGCCUGUUCUCCCCAAUUAAGGUGCCACCAACCUCCGGUGGUGUGUACGUGAGUGUGUGUUUGUGAGCGCCACAGUGUGUGUGGGUAUAUUUAUGCAGGACUUAAGAGUGUGUAUUGCCCUGCAGCAAGCAUGUGUGUGUGUGUACAGUCACAGGGUGCAUGGGCCCCUGGGGCUGUAGUGAAUCUCUUCACCAGCUGUCAGGCAGCCUUUAAAGUGUUCUCUAGUUGCUCUUCAGGGUGCAGCCAGCCACGGAGCCACCACCACAUCCUUAUGUCAGCCACCACUACGUGACUGUGCCUGCAUGGCACACCGAAGGCACACACACUGACGGUCACAGUGACAGUGACGGCAAGGGAUUGACACAGAAAGAGAGAGGAAAAGAGAACAUAAGGAGGAAGAGAGGGAAGCAUGUGGGAAGAGAUAGCAAGGGUACGCAAUGCCGAUGUAUACAUCUUCAUGUAUGAUCAUUCCACCAAGUGUCAACCGCACUAUAAAAAAAAACAUGCCGUUUUUUUUAUUAAUCAUGAGUCUUCUUCAUAGAACAGCUCAGAUAGAGAGAGGGAGGGAGGGAGAAGGAGUGUGUGAGAGUGACUCGGAGAGAUGGAGUGAGAUGUGAAUGGUGAUGGUGCCAGGGAAUUAAAAGGAUCAUUUAGAUCCGUUUUCUCUCUAAAGCUCCAGACUCUAAUGAAACCUGAGUAGUACUGAGACUAGUGGAGGGCACUCACACAGAUAGACAGAGAGAAAGAGGGGAGAGAAAGAGAGAGAGAGAGAGAAACAGAGAUACAGAGACUAUGUAGGGGAGGGAGAGGGUGAAGGAGAGGGUUUAGAGAGUUCUGAAAGAAUGGCAGAGAGCUGGAGGAAGGAGAAAGAGGGCAGAGAGAGAUAAGAGAGGGCGUAUGGAGAGAGUUAGGGAGUGUGAGAGAGAGAGGCAGGAAGAGGGAGAAAGAGAGAAGAGAGGGAGAAGAGGAUAGAUAAGGAGAGGGGGGAAGUGUUGCAGGCUUCAAAGGCGGCCGUCUCUCUGAGGGUGUACUCACAGAGCAGAGCAGCCUUGGGCUUGGUGGAAUAGGAAUAGUGUAGGUCGGGUGUUCCUUCCUGGUCACGCUCUGUGUUCUCUUCUUAUCUGGGUCAGACUCAGACACACUGUUCUCCAGGAAUGACUAAAAACGCAAGGAGAGUGAGACAAGGGCUGCUUGAUAUCAUGGUCCAUUUUCUCUCCCCUCCACCAAAACUUGUUUGCCCCUAGUCACAGAGGAAUAGAGAAGACACACUAUAUUCUAAUACCUACGUAAUAUAAAUAUUGUAGCCACAGACUUAUUAGCAGCCCAAUUCAAAGCCCAGAUUGCGUGCUGUGUUGUUAGCACCUGGUAGGUGACGUGGCCCAGUGUCUGUCCUUUUUCAUCAUUUCCCUCCGUGGAGUGUCUGUUUCAUCACAGUAAUUGGGUGAAACCAAGCAGUCAAAAGGCAGGCUGAAGACACAUGCAAAGAUGUGACAUAUGCAUCACCGCUUGAGGGAUUGAAAGGGGAAAACAAACAGCAUUCUCGCCAGGUGAUCUGACAAAGCCAUGCUAACUGAACACAAAAAUCUCCCCGGGUUUUGGCUGAAUCUCAGAGGAAGUUUAUGGACCAGUGUGAUGAGUUUCAACACAGGAUUUAUCUAGCCUCUGUGUGUGUUGUAUUUCCAGUGUGUGUGUGGUUGAGUGGAUGAUACAGUUUAAGUCGGAAGUGUACAUACACCUUAGCCAAAUACAUUUAAACUCAGUUUUUCACAAUUCCUGACAUUUAAUCCUAGUAAAAAUGCCCUGUUUUAGGUCAGUUAGGAUCACCACUUUAUUUUAAGAAUGUGAAAUGUCAGAAUAAUAGUAGAGAGAAUGAUUUAUUUCAGCUUUUAUUUAUUUCAUCACAUUCCCAGUGGGUCAGAAGUUUACAUACACUCAAUUAGUGUUUGGUAGCAUUGCCUUUAAAUUGUUUAAACUUGGGUAAAAUAUUUCCGGUAGCCUUCCACAAGCUUCCCACAAUACGUUGGGUGAAUUUUGGCCCAUUCCUCCUGACAGAGCUAGUGUAACUGAGACAGGUUUGUAGGCCUCCUUGCUCGCAAACGCUUUUCAGUUCUGCUCACACAUUUUCUAUAGGAUUGAGGUCAGGGCUUUGUGAUGGCCACUCCAAUACCUUGACUUUGUUGUCCUUAAGCCAUUUUGCCACAACUUUGGAAGUAUGCUUGGGGUCAUUGUCCAUUUGGAAGACCCAUUUGUGACCAAGCUUUAACUUCCUGACUGAUGUCUUGAGAUGUUGCUUCAAUAUAUCCACAUCAUUUUCCUUCCUCAUGAUGCCAUCUAUUUUGUGAAGUGCACCAGUCCCUCCUGCAACAAAGCACCCCCACAGCAUGAUUCUGCCACCCCCGUGCUUCACGGUUGGGAUGGUGUUCUUCGGCUUGCAAGUAACCCCCUUUUUCCUCCAAACAUAACAAUGGUCAUUAUGGCCAAACAGUUCUAUUUUUGUUUCAUCAGACCAGAGGACAUUUCUCCAAAAAGUACGAUCUUUGUCCCCAUGUGCAGUUGCAAACCGUAGUCUGGCUUUUUUAUGGCGGUUUUGGAGCAUGGGCUUCUUCCUUGCUGAGCAGCCUUUCAGGUUAUGUCGAUAUAGGACUCGUUUUACUGUGGAUAUAGAUACUUUUGUACCUGUUUCCUCCAGCAUUUUCACAAGGUCCUUUGCUGUUGUUUUGGGAUUGAUUUGCACUUUUCGCACCAAAGUACGUUAAUCUCUAGGAGACAGAACGCGUCUCCUUCCUGAGCGGUAUGACGGCUGCGUGGUUCCAUGGUGUUUAUACUUGCAUACUAUUGUUUGUACAGAUGAACGUGGUACCUUCAGGCGUUUGGAUAAUUGCUCCCAAGGAUGAACCAGACUUGUGGAGGUCUACAAUUUUUUUCUGAGGUCUUGGCUGAUUUCUUUUGAUUUUCGCAUGAUGUCAAGCAAAGAGGCACUGAGUUUGAAAGUAAGCCUUGAAAUACAUCCACGUGUACACCUCCAAUUGACUCAAAUGAUGUCAAAAAAAAAAAAAAAAAAAAAGAAAUUAUGCUAUCAGAAGCUUCUAAAGCCUUGACAUACUUUUCUGGACUUUUCCAAGCUGUUUAAAGGCACAGUCAACUUAGUGUAUGUAAACUUUUGACACACUGGAAUUGUGAUACAGUGAAUUAUAAGUGAAAUAAUAUGUCUGUAAACAAUUGUUGGAAAAAUAACUUGUGUCAUGCACAAAGUAGAUGUCCUAACCGACUUGCCAAAACUAUAGUUUGUUAACAAGAAAUUUGUGGAGUGGUUGAAAAACAAGUUUUAAUGACUCCAACCUAAGUGUAUGUAAACUUCUGACUUCAACUGUAUGUGUUGUUUUUUUGCUCUAAUGUACGAGUGUCUACCUUCCAUUUGUAAUCGAACAUUACAGAAGUAUUGUCUCUAGACUCUAUUAAACCUCUUGUGUUUGGUUAGCCUCCCACUUCCUUUAUACAGAAGCAUUAAGGAUGUGUUUGUGUUUGCUCAGCCAUUCGAUCCUUACCAUUGAUUACUAGGCAUCCAGAUUAGUGCCCUAACAGCCUCGUACUGUGUUUUUGGGAGUGUGUGUGUGUUUGUGUUUGUGUUUGUGUGUGUGAGGCCCAGACUGAGUGGGAUUUUACAACUGAAGCUGUUCACUGUCAGAAUAUCAGUACCACGCUUACAUCUGUUACCCUGAAAGAUACCUGCCUGCCCAUAGCUCUAAAUUAGUUAUGAUAUCUCUCUCUCUCUCUCUCUCUCUCUCUCUCCAGGCCUACGGCUGGCGGAGCAGCUGGCUCGGCGUGAGGAUGAGGCUAAGAUCCGCCAUCGUCUGGGGCUGUCUCUGUGGGCCAGUGGGAACCUGGAGGAGGCCCAGCACCAGGUACGCAUCUGACAUUAACCUCUCCUCAAACACAACAUACACAUUACACAGGUUACCUAUCUGCAUGUGUGUAGAGAGAGACAUUGGAUGGGAAGGGAGGAUUUACAUUUUAUUCACCCUCUUAUCCAGAGCGACUUACAGUUAGUGCAUUCAUCUUGAGAUAGCUAGGUGGGACAACCACAUAUCUCAGUCAUAGUAGGUAAAAAUGUUCCUCAAUAAAGUAGCUAUCAGCAAAGUCAGUGCUAGUAAUGAAAAAGUAAAUAGUGACUGUUAGUUCACAAAGUCACGGGUGUUGUUGUUGUUUUUUUUUUUUGGGGGGGGGGGGGGGGGGGGGUGCUGUGGGAUUAUUUAAGAUACUCUUUGAAGAGGUAGGGUUUCAGAAGUUUUCGGAAGAUGGGCAGGCACUCUGAUGUCCUAGCAUUAGGUGGACGCUCGUUCCACCAUUGGGGUGCCAGGACAGAGAAGAGCUUUGACUGGGCUGAGCGGGAGCUGACCCAGUCCAAUGUACAGUUGAAGUCGGAGGUUUAUAUACACCUUAGCCAAAUACAUUUAAACUCAGUUUUUCACAAUUCCUGACAUUUAAUCCUAGUAAAAAUUCCCUGUUUUAGGUCAGUUAGGAUCACCACUUUAUUUUAAGAAUGUGAAAUGUCAGAAUAAUAGUAGAGAGAAUGAUUUAUUUCAGCUUUUAUUUAUUUCAUCACAUUCCCAGUGGGUCAGAAGUUUACAUACACUCAAUUAGUAUUUGGUAGCAUUGCCUUUAAAUUGUUUAACUUGGGUCAAACGUUUCGGGUAGCCUUCCACAAGCUUCCCACAAUACGUUUGGUGAAUUUUGGCCCAUUCCUCCUGACAGAGCUGGUGUAACUGAGUCAGGUUUGUAGGUCUCCUUGCUCGCACACGCUUUUUCGAUGGUCAAUAUGGCCAAACAGUUCUAUUUUUGUUUCAUCAGACCAGAGAACAUUUCUCCAAAAAGUACGAUCUUUGUCCCCAUGUGCAGUUGCAAACCGUAGUCUGGCUUUUUUAUGGCGGUUUUGGAGCAUGGGCUUCUUCCUUGCUGAGCAGCCUUUCAGGUUAUGUCGAUAUAGGACUCGUUUUACUGUGGAUAUAGAUACUUUUGUACCUGUUUCCUCCAGCAUUUUCACAAGGUCCUUUGCUGUUGUUUUGGGAUUGAUUUGCACUUUUCGCACCAAAGUACGUUAAUCUCUAGGAGACAGAACGCCUCUCCUUCCUGAGCGGUAUGAUGGCUGCAUGGUCCCAUGGUGUUUAUACUUGCGUACUAGUGUUUGUACAGAUGAACGUGGUACCUUCAGGCAUUUGGAAAUGCUCCCAAGGAUGAACCAGACUUGUGGAGUUCUACAACGUUUUUUCGGAGGUCUUGGCUGAUUUCUUUUGAUUUUCCCAUGAUGUCAAACAAAGAGGCACUGAGUUUGAAGGUAGGCCUUGAAGUACAUUGUCACGAUCGUCUAGGAGUGAAGGAGACCAAAGCGCAGCGUGUUGAGCGAACAUCGUAGACUUUAUUAUUAAAGAAACCACGAUAAAAACAAUAAACCACGAUCAUGAAGUCCUCAGUGACACGACUGAAACGGAAACAAUAACCCACAAUGCCCACAGGAAAACAUGCAGUAUAAAUAUGGCUCCCAAUCAGAGAUAACGAGCCGACAGCUGACACUCGUUACCACUGAUUGGGAGUCACUCAACCAAACACAGAAACAACCAAUAACCACCCAACCAACCCAAACACAACAAUACUUAACACACUCUGGCUAAAAUACCAAGUCCCGGAACCAGAGCGUGACAGUACCCCCCCCUAAAGGCGCGGACUGCGACCGCGCCUCAAAACCCCAAAUAGGGGAGGGCUGGGUGGGUGUUGCUCCUCGGAGGCGGCUCCGGCUCCGGGCUUGACCACCACCCUACAUAACUCCCCCCGUAAUGGCCCCGGUCCAAUCCAACCCAGCUGGCUGGAUCCACACUGAUGACGCGCACCCCUAGCUUGGCGCGUGAGACAGGGAUGGACCGGACCUGGCCGACGAUACGCACCCUCGGCUUGGUACGUGGAGCCGGAACGGACCUCCUCAGGUUGACGACUCGCCUCCCUGGCUUGGUGCGAGUAGCAGGAAUAGUCCGAGUUGGGCCGACGACGCACACCGUAGUCUUGGUGCGUAGAGCAGAGACAGGCCGGGCUGGGCUGGCGACGCACCCCGUAGGCCUGGCGCGGGGCGCAGGAACAGGCCGGGCUGGGCUGGCGAAACGCACCACAGACUUGGUGCGGGGCGCAGGAACAGGCCGAGCUGGGCUGGCGACGCACCCCGUAGGCUCGGUGCGUUGAGCAGGGACAGGCCGGGCUGGGCUGGCGAAACGCACCGUAGGUUCAAUGCGAGGAACAGGAACAGACAGAACCGCACUGGGGACACACACCCCUGGCCCUACACGGGGAUCAGGAACGGGCCGGACCGGACUGGAAACACCCCCCAGUACCUCUCGCCGUGCCUCCACACUUUCCAUCCCCUUCGUAACCAGUGGCCCCCUUAAACUGGCGGCCAUAUCUGCCAACCUCUUGCACUCCUCCGGGCCGUACACCUUCUGCCCCGACGUCGUGAGCCCCCCCCUAAAAAUUUUCUGGGGGUCUCUCCUCUCGUUAUCCAACUGCUGCUUGGUCUCGUUGUGGUGGGUUUUUCUGUCACGGGCGCCAAUGAGUGAAGGAGACCAAAGCGCAGCGUGUUGAGCGAACAUCGUAGACUUUAUUAUUAAAGAAACCACGAUAAAAACAAUAAACCACGAUCAUGAAGUCCUCAGUGACACGACUGAAACGGAAACAAUAACCCACAAUGCCCACAGGAAAACAUGCAGUAUAAAUAUGGCUCCCAAUCAGAGAUAACGAGCCGACAGCUGACACUCGUUACCACUGAUUGGGAGUCACUCAACCAAACACAGAAACAACCAAUAACCACCCAACCAACCCAAACACAACAAUACUUAACACACUCUGGCUAAAAUACCAAGUCCCGGAACCAGAGCGUGACAUACAUCCACAGGUACACCUCCAAUUGACUCAAAUGAUGUCAAUUAGCCUAUCAGAAGCUUCUAAAGCCAUGACAUCAUUUUCUGGAAUUUUCCAAGCUGUUCAAAGUCACAGUCAACUUAGUGUAUGUACAUUUCUGACCCUCUUGAAUUGUGAUACAGUGAAUUAUAAGUGAAAUAAUCUGUCUGUAAACAAUUGUUUGAAAAAUUACUUGUGUCAUGCACAAAGUAGAUGUCCUAACCGACUAGCCAAAACUAUAGUUUGUUAACAAGCAAUUUGUGGAGUGGUUGAAAAACUAGUUUUAAUGAGUCCAAACUAAGUGUAUGUAAAAUUCCAACUUCAACUGUAUCUCUCUCUCUCUUUCUUUCUCUAUUUCAAUUCAAUUUAAAGGGGCUUUAUUGGCAUGGGAAAUGUGUUUACAUUGUCAAUGCAUGUGAAAUAAACAACAGUGAGAAGACACAAAACAACAUCAACACAAAACUCUUAGAAUUUAACAGUAAAUAUUGCAUUCAAAAAGGUUGAAAAAAGAUUUUAAAGUGUUAUACAGUGAGGGAAAAAAGUAUUUGAUCCCCUGCUGAUUUUGUACGUUUGCCCACUGACAAAGACAUGAUCAGUCUAUAAUUUUAAUGGUAGGUUUAUUUGAACAGUGAGAGACAGAAUAACAACAAAAAAAUCCAGAAAAACGCAUGUCAAAAAUGUUAUAAAUUGAUUUGCAUUUUAAUGAGGGAAAUAAGUAUUUGACCCCUCUGCAAAACAUGACUUAGUACUUGGUGGCAAAACCCCUGUUGGCAUCACAGAGGUCAGACGUUUCUUGUAGUUGGCCACCAGGUUUGCACACAUCUCAGGAGGGAUUUUGUCCCACUCCUCUUUGCAGAUCUUCUCCAAAUCAUUAAGGUUUCGAGGCUGACGUUUGGCAACUCGAACCUUCAACUCCCUCCACAGAUUUUCUAUGGGAUUAAGGUCUGGAGACUGGCUAGGCCACUUCAGGACCUUAAUGUGCUUCUUCUUGAGCCACUCCUUUGUUGCCUUGGCCUUGUGUUUUGGGUCAUUGUCAUGCUGGAAUACCCAUCCACAACCCAUUUACAAUGCCCUGGCUGAGGGAAGGAGGUUCUCACCCAAGAUUUGACAGUACAUGGCCCCGUCCAUCGUCCCUUUGAUGCGGUGAAGUUGUCCUGUCCCCUUAACAGAAAAACACCCCCAAAGCAUAAUGUUUCCACCUCCAUGUUUGACAGUGGAGAUGGUGUUCUUGGGGUCAUAGGCAGCAUUCCUCCUCCUCCAAACACGGCGAGUUUAGUUGAUGCCAAAGAGCUCAAUUUUGGUCUCAUCUGACCACAACACUUUCACCCAGUUCUCCUCUGAAUCAUUCAGAUGUUCAUUGGCAAACUUCAGACGGGCCUUUAUAUGUGCUUUCUUGAGCAGGGGGACCUUGAGGGCGCUGCAGGAUUUCAGUCCUUCACGGCGUAGUGUGUUACCAAUUGUUUUCUUGGUGACUAUGGUCCCAGCUGCCUUGGGAUCAUUGACAAGAUCCUCCCGUGUAUUUCUGGGCUGAUUCCUCACCGUUCUCAUGAUCAUUGCAACUCCACGAGGUGAUUUCUUGCAUGGAGCCCCAGGCCGAGGGAGAUUGACAGUUAUUUUGUGUUUCUUCCAUUUGCGAAUAAUCGCACCAACUGUUGUCACCUUCUCACCAAGCUGCUUGGCGAUGGUCUUGUAGCCCAUUCCAGCCUUGUGUAGGUCUACAAUCUUGUCCCUGACAUCCUUGGAGAGCUCUCUGGUCUUGGCCAUGGUGGAGAGUUUGGAAUCUGAUUGAUUGAUUGCUUCUGUGGACAGGUGUCUUUUAUACAGGUAACAAGCUGAUAUUAGGAGCACUCCCUUUAAGAGUGUGCUCCUAAUCUCAGCUCGUUACCUGUAUAAAAGACACCUGGGAGCCAGAAAUCUUUCUAAUUGAGAGGGGGUCAAAUACUUAUUUCCCUCAUUAAAAUGCAAAUCAAUUUAUAACAUUUAAUACAUGCGUUUUUAUAGGUUUUUUUGUUGUUAUUCAGUCUCUCACUGUUCAAAUAAACCUACCAUUAAAAUUAUAGACUGAUCAUGUCUUUGUCAGUGGGCAAACGUACAAAAUCAGCAGGGGAUCAAAUACUUUUUUCCCUCACUGUAUUAUCAGCUAUGUACAGUGUUCUCUCUCUCUCUCGCUCUCUCUCUCUCUAACAUCUCUAUUACAAUGACCUUAUCCCCAUACCCCUCAGGCUUAACAGUCAAACAGAUGUUAUAGUCCCCUGUAGCUCAGUUGGUAGAGCAUGGCCCUUGCAACGCCAGGGUUGUGGGUUCGUUUCCCACGGGGGGCCAGUAUGAAAAUGUAUGCACUCACUAACUGUAAGUCGCUCUGGAUAAGAGUGUCUGCUAAAUGACUAAAAUGUAAUGUUAGCCCAAGCAACACUAUUUUGUCAUUUCACACCCAAGUUCUUUCCCAGGCAAUUCAGUAAUGUUUGGGAUAUUUCCUCCAGUCAGUGUAGCUCUCAGGGUGGGUUGUUGUUGGGAAAGGAAAGGAAAGGACAUACUGUAGUUGUCCUCAGAGUAUAGAUGAGAUGAUUAUUCAUGAGGAAGCAGGGAGGGCUUUACUGCUGGUGGUAAAGCUAUAUGACCUUGGUAAAUAGCCUGACCCACUUCAGGGCUGAUUUACAUAGCCAACUAUGUCCCACUAUGCAAUAUUACUGCACUUAAUAUUCAUACAGCAUCCGUACUGUUGGAAUGAGACGAUUUGACCUCAUGUUCACCGUUCUCCACGUUUAAACCUAAUUGUGUUUUAACACCCUCACUCUGAUCCGCCGUGUCCUCUGUGGGAGAGAGAUUUGACCUGCCCACAGUUCAAUCAGAUUUGUGAUGAAUACAUGGUUUCAUAUUGUGACAUGGGAUUAAUAGAUGAAUGUUAAGUGGAAUGUAAUGGGUUUAAAGUUUUACUGCUCAUAACUUCUAUCAGAGAGGGUGAACGUAGAACUGGGGAAAAGACAUGAUGAGAGUCGUAUCAGGCAUCGUGAUGGGGAUUACAUGUACAACUGUCAUAGUGUGAAAAUGUCAAAUAAAAGGAAUGGUAAUCAUGGGUUAUAUCGGGUGCAUAAAUGCCCAUAUAAAUGUCCUAGACCCCUAUUUUGAUAUUAGCUGUACAGCAUCUAGGCAGGACAUUGGGAUUGUUUUCUUUUAAUCUGUGAAGGGUGAGGUUGGGCCAGGGGGGAAGGCGGUGUGAAAAAUGAGUUUUAAUCUUAAAAGGAUGUCUGUGUGCCCAAAAGAUUGAAGUAGCUUUGCAGCAAUCAGCCUGCAGCCCUAUCAGCAGAAUCAGCCAGCCCAGACUGGACUUCCAGCUCUAAUGUUGCACAACCACACUCUGCUCUCCCACUGCUCUCUCUCUCAUUCUCUCUCAAUAUCGUCUGACAUACUUUAGUGGCCUGGAUCGCUGUAACCAACCCCCCCCCCACCCCACACACACACACUCACACACACACACACACACACACACACACACACACACACUCACCUUCCAUGUGCCAGUCCCAGGGCAGCAGCUAUCUGAAUGUUUGGUGUGCAUAGUUCAAUCUCACUUCUGGCCUCAUACAGACUGGCUGUGGAGGUGGAACAUUCUCAGUCUUCUUGAAGGCAUGCCAACAGAAGAGGAAUAGGGAACCAAUAACAACUCCCAUGAAUCAGCACUCCUGACUGGCCUGGCCUGGCAGCUCAGCCUCCGCCCACACUCUGUCUACCCUCCCACCUCUUUCUAUCCCUCUUCUUCUCCCUCUCCAGCCUGAUGUUAGCGUCUGACACUGAACAGAGAAAAGAUGUGUGGAGCAGGGAAUGCUUUGUUUCUGUGGACACACUGUUUCCCUAGAAGACAAUGUGUGCCCAGGCGAUGAAUUAGCAUCUGAGUGCCCUCUCUCUUGUCUGGACCAGAUGAGAUGAGAGGGGAGGAUAGCUGUGGAGCUGUAUCCAUCAGGCCCAAUAUCAUAGAUCCAUGAUUUGGACUGGCUCUGAACACCUGAGUUGCCUGAUUCAGCUACAGACUUCCAGGAGUCUGCUACAAACAUUAGACGCGUCUAUUUGUCGUAGAUCCACCCAUAACAGCCACAGGCCUGUGCUAUGGACGGAGGCUGAGUUAGAGUGCCGUUUGUGAAACCAGGAGACAUUCCAAAAUGGUUGUUUCCACCAAAAUGUCUCUAAAGUCCGAAACGGUUUGAGCUACAGACUAUUAUGACCCCACCAUGGAAAGACUCUCACGAACAUACACGUGUUGUCUGUUUUGCUUUUACGACGCUUACAUGCCGCAGGACUCGUUAGAAUGUAAGGGGUUUACUUCAAAGGAGAUCAUACAGAAAUAUUGCAUUGUGAUGGUUCCUCAUGUUUACCUGAGCUGUCUUAUAUCUCUCAUACAGACUUCAUAACACUUACAGACAGAUCACAGACAUGAAUAUAUGACAAUGGGUCAUGUUUUAUGAAUAUUAGAGUACAUUUCACUCAUUUCUGCCCAUGAAAUAAUGUCUGUAAUACUGUAAUACAUUCACAUAGUUACUGUCACAAACUCCACAUAGUUGUCACUGACUAGUUUUCUGUACUUACAGGAUUCUUAAACAUUCAUUUUUUAUCAGGUUAUUGUUUGGCACACCUCAUUUUUGUAGUGACAUUAGUCAAUAAAACUCAUGAAUGUAACUUUUUAUGUCAAAUAGUUUUUCAUUUUACAGUAAAGCACUUCAAUGUGAGACUAAAUAUGAGGGCUUGCCAAGGAGAUACUUGAAAUGAGUGACAAAACCAGACUGAUUUGGCUUGGGACUGAUCAGGUUAAGAGGGAGAGGGGUAGCAGUGCAGAUAUCAAACAUAAUUUACACUGAAGAGGGCUGCUGCCAUCUAGUGGCUUCACCCUACUUCUGCAAGUCUCUGAGAGCUCUACAGCGAACAGGGAUAUGGAUGUAUCUGAUGGUUUUCUGUGUGGUUGUGUUAUUUGUCCUAUAGCUCUACCGAGCAUCUGCACUGUUUGAGACCAUUCGUCACGAGGCCCAGCACAGCACCGACUACAAACUGUCUCUGUUUGACCUGCAGACCUCCUCCUAUCAGGCACUCCAGAGGGUCCUCGUCAGCCUAGGUUUUCUCACACUUUACACUAUCUUUGUCCAUUGCUCACCUCUCUUUUUGAUUGCUCUUCUGCUCUAUUUCCAUCUUUAUUUGUGUCUUCUGUAAAAAAAAAUCCACCACUCCAUAAUGAACUUAAAAAACCCAAUGUUGACCAUUGACCUUCUUCCGGCCAGGCCACCAUGACGAGGCGUUGGCGGUGGCAGAGCGGGGUCGGACACGAGCAUUUGCUGACCUGCUGGUGGAGAGGCAGACAGGCCAGAAGGACUCAGACCCCUACACCCCAGUCACAGUGGAGCACAUCCUGGACACGGUGAACAGCCAGAGGGCCCUGGUGCUCUACUUCUCCAUGGCUGCUGGGUACCUGUACAGCUGGCUGCUGGCUCCAGGAGCAGGUAAGACCUGGGGGAGAGGGAGGCGUAGGUCAACUAACUCAGUUCCUCUGUGUGCUGAUACAAUGAGCUAUAAGGGUAAAGGGACUAUAAAUCUGUACAAAUCUAUUAUGCCACAUUAUACAACACAUUAUACAGACACAAAACACACACAUACACACUCACUCAAACAGUGAAUUUCAUCAUGAUUGUGCUUUGUUUAGCUGAGAGUCCUGGAAGGCAUGUCUUGUGUUCAGAGGCGGGCGAGGGUAAGAAAGCCCUCUUUAACAGAAGGCGGCAGCGCCACCUGCCACUCCACUGCUGGCAGUGCCACCCCGCCUGGCCUCUCACCCCCCAGGGCACCUGCCAAUGAACCAUGGUAACCGAGAGUGACAAAGCCAAAGUGCACUUGCACAAUCAACAUCCUCACAAACAAGUCAACAGGAAAACACACACACACAUACUCCUGUGCGUGCACACACAAACUCACACAAACAAGCGUUGUGCAUUAGUUUUGUGCUGUCUUUAGGAUUGAGUAGUGAGACUUCAUAGCCUCUCUCUCUCUCUCUGUUUCUCUCUCUCACCAAAGAGAAUAGAGGAGGCUCUGAAGCCCAGUUACUGCUCUGGCCUGACUGACAGCUCUUGCUGCCAUGGAGACUGCUAGUCCUUGCUUCUCUUUUAGCCCUACUGAAUGAAGGCUGUGUGUCUGACCCCCCUACCUGUAGUCAUAUAGAUGGGUGUAAUACUGCGGAGGGGAAUGAAAGGUUGAAAGAGCUGCCUCUUGCCUGAGGCUAAGAGAGGCCAACAGUCCUGUAAUUAGCCUUCUGCUCUGUCCCAGUCUCUCCCUGGCAUUCACUGGCAUACAGCUGGCAUACACACAGCACAGGGUCUGGGUAAAACAACCCUUAGUCAGUAAAGGGACUCCUCUAAUCAUUUAACUGGUGUGCAGCCUGUCUGCCAACUCACAGAUCUGAACACAUUCAAAGCCCAACUCAACCCCAGCACUCAGUAUCUACCACCACUACUGUGGUAGUACCCCCCUCCUCUCCCCUCCUCCCUCCCGCAACAUCUCAGCUCCCAUGGCACGGAGCAGAUGGCACAGGCAGCCACUCUUAUAUUUUAUUGAACAUUAUUUGUUUUAUUCAUUUUGCUCUGCAGAUGUGCAGAUCGUAGGUGUAGCGUAACUUACAGUUUUCAGUGUGAAAUCUCUACAUAUGCUCUCUUAUUGUUAACAUGUUUGUUGGGCUGUUUUAAAGUGAAGGCUACUAAACAGUUUUUAUUACACUUUCAUUAUAGUGUAAUAAGUCCAAUAGUGCUGUGUGCCUCAUGACAUAGUGUAGCAUAGUGCUAUUCCUUUGCACAUUGUGAUAUGACCAAUAUGUUUAGCUUGUUGACAGUAAUCUCCUUUUCUCUUUCUCUCUCUCCCCAGGCAUCCUGAAGUUCCAUCAGGUGUACUUGGGAGAGGGUGUGACAGAGGGCGGGCCAGACCUCCAUGAGGGUGGGGGAGGGGGUGUGGCCAGCGGCUCGUCUUUGGAGCAGCACAUUGCCAGUGCUCGGGAGGCCCUGGGAGUAGAGUCCUACUACAGCAGGUAACGCACAAACACACACACACACACACACACACACACACACACACACACACACACACACACACUCAGAGCCCAGAAUAAAUAUACCAUUCUAUAGGGUGGAGACAGGCUGAUGCUCAUAGAAGAAUACUGUGCUGUUCUGUAUGCUGUCUCAGGGAGUCAUUGUGCCCCUGUGGGUGGUGUGAUGACAGGACCUCGCUACCUGCUACUGCUCUCUGUCCCCACUGAGAACCAAUGAGACAGAAUAAUGGAUCUCUGGAUGCCCACUGAACUCACUUAACAAAUACUGUCUGGGACUGGGAGACAGGGAAAUACAGCAGACAGCUUACAGAGGGCUGAGGAGAGGAAGAAGAUGGAGCUGAAGAAAGGAGGAAGGCAGAGAUACAGGGGGAAAUGGAUGGAGUGAGAUAAAGGGGGAAAUGGAUGGAGUGAGAUACAGGGGGAAAUGGAUGGAGUGAGAUGCACGGGUGGGAGGAGACUUGUUAGAUAGACUAUGCAGAAUAUAAAGUGACUUUAAAAAAGGAACAGUUAAUGACAAAUUAAUUAAUUGAGCAAUCAAACUGCAGGUUUACUUUAGGUGACUACUUGUGUCAUUGAACUUCCAAGCAAAUGUCCCUAUCAUUAACCUACAUUUUGUAUGAGGGCACACGUUUCUCAAAUUAGGAUUUAGCCCAUAGUACCCAGCCUGUGUGCCCACUGCCAACCUCCACCCCCACCAGCCUGCCAUGCCCUCCUGCCCCAUUACUGAGUCAUUUACCGCUCCAAUGGGAGGCAGCACACAUGCCACUACGCCUGGCUGGCCACAAUAUGGCACCCCUUACCGCCCCAUUCACUCUCCACAGAGGAUAAAGAGAGGGAAACGAAGAAGGGGAGGGGGGUGUGAGGGGAAGAUAGUGGGAAGGAGAGAAACAGAGAGACAGAAAAGGGCAGCAUCCAUAUUUGGGAAGACUGUGUGUCCUCAGUCCUCAUCAAUAAAACCAGUCAACCAUAGAAUAUCUCUCUUUCCCCACUUCCCAUCUCCCCAUACCUUCUAAACUGUACAGUACUGUAUGUACCUCUCCCACCUACUAGCACACGUGUGAGUGCAGCCGCUGUGUGUUAGAGAGAUGUGGACAGAGAGGGACCUCAUGGGAAGGGAUCUCAGAGAAAGGCUUAGUGGAGAGGAAAAUUAGACAGAAAGAGAGAGGGAGAGAUUUUAGAUGAGAGCAACAGUUCACAUGGUUUAACUUGGUACCGUUGAGAGCAGUGAGCUGACAGAGGAAGAUGGAGGGGAGUUUGGAUGAGAUGUGGGGGUAAAAGAGGGGGCAGGGAUGGAGGGAUGGAUAGAUAGAGGGGUGUGUAUGGGGAGAGGAGGGGUGUAGAUAUAGAGGGGGUAGAGGAUAGAAGAACAGAACAGACUCCCUGCUGGGCGCUGUCUGAAUCACCAUUAGCAGCAUAUGAAAGAGAGGAUUUAACUCUGCUUCCUGUUAGGGCCCUUCCUGGACCAUGCCUGGGAAACUGGGUUGGACGGGUGUGUGUGUGUGUGUGUGUGUGUGUGUGUGUGUGUGUGUGUGAAUAAGAGUGUGUGUGCAUGCAGUCUGUAUGUCUAACGGUAUAAUCUCUCUCUCUCCCCCUCACUCACUCCUUCUCCUCCCCCCUUCCUUCCUCUCUCUCUCUCUCUCUCUCUCUCUCUCUCUCCUCUCCUCCUCUCUCUCUCUCUCCUCUCUCUCUCUCUCUCUCUCUCUCUCUCUCCUCUCUCUCUCUCUCUCUCUCUCUCUCUCUCUCUCUCUCUCUCCCUCCCUCAGGGGUUGUUCCAGCAGUGAGACAGAGAGUGAGGCAGGGGACCUGUUGGACCAGCAGUUUGAGGAGCUCAACAACAAACUCAACUCUGUGACUGACCCCACUGGCUUCCUCCGCAUGGUGUCCAGAAACAAUCUCUUCAACAGGUGAGACAGACACUGUGUGAUACACUGGCCUACAGGAGCAGUUAGUUAGAGCCUUUAUCAUUCAUCUCCAAUUCCCCCACAUUCCCAUAAUAAGAAAGCUAUCUGAUGAGAGAGAGGAUCCGGAAUUCAUUUGAAAAUUAGCUUUCUGUGAAAAUAGUAUUUUCUCCUUUGUUUAGCCAUCGCAGAGGCAUGUGAAUCCUCUUUAUUAAACUGGCUGAGCAGAGCAGAGCUGGAAAAGCCCUUAUCAGCUCCCUGCCUCCAUUAGACUAUUAAGAGUGUGUGUUAAUGUGUGUGCUGUAUGCAAGUGUGAGUCUAUCUGUUUUUGGAGCCCAGUUGUACAUAUUUCUGUGAGUGUGAUUUUACGAUGGUAUAUAUACUGAGUGUGUCUGUGUUAGUAUCACUUUGUCAUUCAGUGCAUGUGUUUACACUGUACCGAUUGGCAAUAUGUGUCUGUGUGUUUAAGUGUGUGUGUGUGUGUUUAAGUGUGCGUGCGUGUGUGUGUGUGUCUGGGUCGUAUUUCCCUGUCCUCGUCUCCAGUUGAGCUCCUCUUUGAUGAGAGGGUAAUUCCUGCUGUAAUUGCGUCUCCAUGCUCAUUAAGCCCCUUUAAUGGGUUGCCAGUAAUAAUCUGCUCAUUCUUCUGGGGCCCAAAAACUAUCUGAAUCAUAAAGCCCCUUGUGCUUAAGAGCCACUCAUCAAUCUCACUAAAGCAGAGUAAAAUGAAUAAAGGCUCAUUGUCAUUUCAAGCCAUACAUUUUGGGGUUUUGAUAUUAAAAUAAAAUAUGUGACUUUCUUUUAUUUUAUUCCUCAUCAACAUUCUCCGUAGUCCCUUUGCUGUCUGAGUUGAAGAUUGUUGAUGUGAGAGAGAAACAUUAUUCUCUUAACUACUUUUAAUUCAGAGAAUAUAUUUUAUUAGAAGAAACAAAUACAUUACAAAAAAUUAUAUAUCAACAAUAGAACGAAGAACAAGUUAAAAGAAAGAUUGUAUAGUUUGUGCCAAAGUGUCUAAAUGUCUGACAUUAUCUUUGACCUCAUCUAUCUUUAGAGAGAGCUACUAAAGUGAAUCUAUAAAGGAGCUAGCUAAUUUGAUAGGUUAAAAGUCACCUCAUCUGUAAUCUUGGAAACCCAGAAUUAAAAUCUUGCGUAAUUGAGUCAGAUGCUUGAUUAAGUUCUGAGGUCAGAAACGAUACUAGAACGAGGAGCGGCAAUAGGGCGGUAGCUCCACCCCCCUUCCUUUGCAAGUUACGGGCAAGUCUAUGUGCCAAAUGUCCCCUCCCCUUACAAUAUUCAAAAGAUGCGAAUUUGUCCAAAUGAUCAGUGAUCAAAAGUUCCUUGUUAGUUGUCGCGUCCCACAGUCUGUUGACAGAUGCUACGAUACCAGUUAUGUUAUGUUCAUCUGUCCAUGGGAGAUUACCUCAUGUGUAAUCUCGCUUUAUAAGGACUAACAGAGCUCUUCUCUCAGAUGUUCGUAGACAUUGUAUAGAGGUUAAGGAGAACUCUAUUGAAGAGCUCAAUAAACGUAUAAACACACAGACAGGACCGUCAGGGUGGCCACUCUAGGUGGCUAUCGGCUUGUUUGGUGCAAUAGAAUUAGAUGACUGAAUCCAUUGGGAGAGUUGGAUCCUAGUGAAGAGUUGGUAGCCGACAUAUCCACCUUUGUCCAACUGUCUCUUCCUGUCUGUCUCUCUCAUUGACAGGCAUUCCAUUUAACCUGCACCCAGAUAAAAGAGCCAAGGAACAGAUACUUAACCUCCAAGCCUUCUUCUUCUAGCCUUUUAUUCUCACCAUUCCUGAGAAUUGGUUAAAGAAAAUUGGUCAACCCUUCUCUCUUUUUUAUCCCUCUGCACUCUGUACCUUUUCUUCACACGACCCUCAUUUCCUCUCACACUCCUCCUGUUAGGCUAACAAACGCCUGUUGGCUUUCCCUCUGAGGCCUGUGCCAGGGCCUGGGAGAAAGAGACUGGAGAGAGCUAGGGAGCUGGAGGAGAGCCAGUUGCUUGGGGGUACCAGAAGGGCAGGAUGGAGGGAGGGGGUCGGGGGGGAGAGACUGGCUGUAGCAGUGUGCCCGGUUGGGCCUGGUCCUGGCUGUGUGUAAACAAAGUGGAAGGCUUAUCAGUCCACGGCGGCCAUUACCACAGCUCUCAGCGUGCCACACAGUGCACCUCUGCCCAAGCAGGGAGCCAUCACUCUCUCUUCAUCACACAGCACACAUAGCAUUUGUAUUCAGCAGUACUGCUAAUGUUGAGCAGCAGUGUCUUAUUAAUGUCUAGUUCAGAACCAGGCAUGGGGAUCCUGCAACACAAAACACUGGCGCACCUAUUCAAUAGUGAACAGAACAAAAUGAUCAUUCAUACUACAGUAUUAUUUGCAGUAUAGCACACAUACAUUAAGUAGAUCAUUGGAUAUCCUCCACCGUAAGCGGAGAGGUUGUAGUGUUUCUUUAGGUUCAUGUCAGGUAACUGGGUGGAUAGUUGGGGAGAGGCGCAGGAGAGGUGUCACUUUCUCUCUCUCUCUCCCUCUCCAGCAGUGAGUCUAUCAGUGGUCAGAGGUCUCACGCUACUCUCCCCUCCACAGUUCUACAGUCCCACAUCGCCAUCUAGUGGACAUUUAUAUUAUCUCAAAAGCAAAAAUGAUUAUUAUUGUCUCAGAACAGAAAAUAUAACUAUUCAUUCUUCCAUUGAGACUUAGAACUGGAUCUGAGGUGGACUCUCUAGUCCAGGUCUGAGGGAGCAGUAUGAAGGGUAGAAAGAGGAAGAGAGAGACAGGCCAUUAGGAGUCAAUGUGCUGUGCAGUAUCACUCCCUCCAUGACAUGCUGCAGUACAGUGUGCCAUUAAUACAUUGCCCACAAGAACUGCUGCUGUGGCUGACUCUGCUGCAUCUCACCAGAGGGCACUUCUGAUGCAGCACUCUGCGGCAGGUUGGCUGGCUCUAGGCACAGUUCCUCAACCGGAAAGACCAUUAGUAUUGUGUGUGUGUGUGUGUGUGUGUAUUUUUAUUUUUUAUUUUUUUAUUUUUUGGUCAUUUAGCAGACGCUCUUAUCCAGAGCGACUUACAGGAGCAAUUAGGGUUAAGUGCCUUGCUCAAGGGCACAUCGACAGAUUUUUCACCUAGUCGGCUCGGGGAUUAGAACCAGCGACCUUUCGGUUACUGGCACAACGCUCUUAACCACUAAGCUACCUGCCGCCCCACUGCCGUGUAUGUCUGUGUGUGUGUGCACCCGGUUAGCUGCCUAACACCGCUAUGCCGUAUGUGCCAGUGUGAAUAGCUGUAAUGACCACUUCUCUAUCCAAACAGUUUAGAGUGCUGUUCUUUAUGAAAUGAGAACUAUUGUGUUUGUGUGUUUUGCAGGAGCUGCCAGAGUAUGACCAGCCUGUUCAGUAACACCAUGUCCCCAGCCAAAGAUGGCUGCUCCUCUCUGCCCCGCCGACCCAGCAGCCUCAGCAAACCUCCUCUCCGUGCCCUCUACGACCUGCUCAUCGCACCCAUGGAAGGGGUGAGCAUAUGUUCCCAUGACCAGUUUGUGUGUUUGUGUGCGUGUGUAUUUGAGAGGGGCGGGGGGAGAGAGAGAGAAAGUGUUUAUACUAUAUUAAUUACAAUAUUAAUACCACUCAUCGCUCCCUGUCCAGGGCCUGAUGCACUCCAGUGGUCCUGUGGGCAGACACAGACAGCUGGUGUUGGUGUUGGAGGGGGAGUUGUACCUCAUCCCCUUUGCCCUGCUGAAGGGUAGCUCCUCUAAUGAGUACCUGUAUGAACGCUUCAGCCUCAUCGCUGUGCCCUCCAUCCGGGGCCUGGGGACCAGCUCCAAGGUCAGCAUCCUAGUCAAAUGACAGAAUGGCUAUUAUUUUAAUGACAUACCUUAUUUUAUUGCUGUUACUACCACUGUCAAGCUCCUGUUACAUUCUAUCAUUGUCAUCAUUGGCCUCUCUCAAUGUGUCCUCAGAGUCAUUCUCGUCGGGCGGGGCCGGCUUCCUGUGGGGGCGUGUCCAUGGCGGCGGUGGUGGGAAACCCUCGUCUGCCGUCGUCAGUGAUGGACCGCUGGCUAUGGGGGCCCAUGCCCUCGGCCGAGGAGGAGGCCCUCAUGGUGUCUGAGUUGCUGGGCUGCCAGCCCCUGGCUGGAUCCUCUGCCACCAAGGAGAGGGUGAUGAGUGCCCUCACCCAGGCCGAGUGUGCCCACUUCGCUACACACAUCUCAUGGAAGCUGGCCGCCUUGGUUCUCACACCCAACCCAGAGAGCAUACCCGGCGGGGCAGGGGCAGGGGCAGGGGUGGGGACUGGAGGGAGAGGGGUAGGGGGAGGGAGGAGAGGCAGCGGCGGCAGGGGCAGGAAGGGCUCGUUUGGCUGCAGCUACACCAUCCCAGAGAGCCUGCGCCUGCAAGAUGAUGGGAGCGACGUGGAGAGCAUCUGUGACAGCCCUCCCCUGCAGGAGUUCCUGCUCACAGCUGCUGACAUACUUGACCUGAGGCUGCCUGUCAAACUGGUGGUGCUGGGGUGAGUGGGCCAGGAGAGGGGAGGCUUGCCUAAUGUGGGACACAUAUUAGUUCAAGUGGGGCUGGAGAGGGGGGAACCUGGUUCUAUUGCAAAAUGUUCACUGUCUGUUAUCCACUGAUAGUUAUUUAGUUAUGCUGUGGUAGUUAAAGCUGUAGUCGACAGAGCAGUAGUCUAGUAUUUCUGAUAGAGGGUUAUGUAACCAUGUGUUGGUGGUGUGUGUGUGUAUCUUAUCUACAGGUCAUACCAGGAGUCCAGCAGUAAGGUGACAGCAGACGGUGUGGUAGGUCUGACCAGGGCCUUCCUGGCUGCUGGGGCCCAGUGUGUCCUGGUGUCUCUGUGGCCUGUUCCUGUCUCAGCCUCCAAAGUGUUCGUCCAUGCGUUCUACACCGCCCUGCUCAACGGGACCAAGGCCAGCGCUGCCCUCGCAGACGCCAUGAAGACUGUCCAGAACAGCAAGCAGUACUCCCACCCCUCCAACUGGGCAGGUUAGACACAUUCUACUUCCACACACUCAGAUUGGCUUGGUUUGUCAACUCCAACUGAGUAGAUCCCAGUUCACCCAUUCUCCCAAGUGUGUUAUAAGUACUUUCUGUUCACCCAACUGGACUCUCACCGUCUGUAUCUCUCUCUUCCUCUCCUUCCUAUUGAUCUUGUGGGUGUGUUUGUCCAGGCUACAUGCUGAUUGGUAAUGAUGUGAAGCUAAACAGCCCCUCGUCCCUGAUUGGCCAGGCUCUAGCAGAGAUCCUACAGUAUCCAGAGAGAGCACGGGAUGCUCUACGAGUCUUAUUGCACCUGGUGAGGGUCAAACACAUACACACACGCACACACACACACAAACACACACACUCUAACACUCCUCUAAAUCCCCCUGUCCCCACCAGGUGGAGAAGUCUCUCCAGAGGAUUCAGAAUGGCCAGCGUAACUCCAUGUACACCUCCCAGCAGAGUGUGGAGAACAAGGUGGGGGGCGUCCCAGGCUGGCAUGCCCUGCUGACCGCUGUGGGCUUCCGCCUGGACAUCCCUGCUGCUGUCUUCUUCCCCACAGCAGACCCUGGAGACAGGCUGCAGCAGUGUAGCACCACCCUGCAGUCAAUACUUGGUAGGCACUGGGCCUUGGCAGGAGGACAUGGAACUGGGGAUAGUACAGUCAGAUGGAGAACAGCGCCAUAACAAGAACCGAGCCUACAUCUCUAAGAAUGUUAUAUAUUUUUUAUUUUUACUUAUAUAUUUUUUACUUAACACUUAUUUUUCUUAAAAUGGCAUUGUUGGUUAAGGGCUUGUAAGUAAGCAUUUCACUGUAAGGUCUACAGCUGUUGUAUUCAUGUGACAAAUACAUUUUGAUUUGAUUUGAACCGGUAUCUGUGCGUUAGAGACCUCUCUAUACCACAAAGCUCAGAUUCAAACUCCCAUUCACCAGCUCUGCAAGCAUUAUAAUGUCAAAAUAUGUUAGUUGCUCAAUAAAACUCCAUAUUUGGUGAUAAACUAUCUUCAUUUACUCCCGCUAAGGCCAGUAUGUACUUCCAAAAAAGGUCUAAAUAAAAAUGUACAAGCAACUGAAACAAAUUCCUAUUCGGCACCUCCAAUGUAAAUCACUCAGGUCUACAACAGAUGAAUACAUUAGAGGUGCCGAAUAAGAUUUUCUUCAGUUGCUUCGACAUUUUUAUUUAGACCUUUUUUGGACAUACAUACCGGCCGUAACGGAAGUAAAUUAAGAUAGUUGCUCAACGAAACUCCAUAUUUAGUAAUAAACGAACGUAUUUUUUACAUUAUAACGCUUGCAGAGCUGGUGAAUGGGAGUUUGAAUCUAAGCUUUCUGGGUGUUAGAGAAGUCUCUAAUGUAGAGAUACUGGUUCAGUGUAGGCCUACUACUGAAUAUCAAAAGUUACAAUACUGCUUAUCAAGCAGCUUUGUGUGUUCUUUACCAGAUAGUAUAGCCUGUAUAUCCUCUUCUACUGAACGUAGGGUAUAUUAAAUGCAGCUUGUAUGAAUAAUGAACCAUCUGCUUGGCCGUGUCUCCCAGGUCUACCGCCCCCAGCUCUCCAAGCCCUGUGUAAACUCAUCACUGCCUCUGAGGCAGGCGAGCAGCUCAUCAACCGGGUAGGCCCCAGCAUCACAGCACCACGCUACUGCUCACCACUGGAGUGUAGUAUUUAACUCCAAAGAGUUAGAUAAACAUUGUAUAUUAUGAAAGAAAUCAUCUGAACCACUGGGGACUUACUUAACCACUUGGACCGUAAAGGCUGAAGGCAGAACAAAGCAUCAUUAUAUCAUCAGUUAACCCUGUUACAUGGGUUAGUUAGACCUUGACGCAAGGGCCGCCUGCAAAUCCCCCUCUUUAAUCUGCAUGCUGCAACCCAGCAGCCCAGUCAAAUCUCCACCACCACCACAAUCUCAGCUCUGAUUCUGAGUUCUCUUCCUCAUGAUGCCAGAGAGUUAACCCUGUCAUUCCCACUGAGGGUUUCCCAUGUCUACAUGUAGCAUGUGAUCUUCACAUGCUUAGAUUAAUAAUACGGUAGCCAGAAAGUGAUUUGGGGUUUUGUUUCCACAUUGGUGGCGACUAUAACAUUUGAAACACUCCAAGCAUGUAUGAUACAUGAGAUAUUCCUGACAUCACACUGCAUAGGCAACUAUGUAUGGUGAUUCAAUGUUUUUGUGUAAUAUGUGUGUAAUGUAUGACACACUACCCAACAGUGGUGUUUUUCUGUUUCCCUGUGUGCCCUUGGUGUCCCCAUUGGACCUGGUCUCCUCUGCUCUUUGUGAAUGGCCUGUCCUGUAUGCAUGCAUGCAUGAAACUAAAAGCCUCUUCUCUCUCUCCUGCCCCUGUCUCUAAACCUGCGGUCUGAAGGCUGUUAAAAAUAUGGUGGGAAUGGUAAGUGUGCUGUGACCUCCCCUCCCCAUGCACCCCUCUCCACCCCACCCCAUCCCUCUCCUUUUCACCGCUGCUUUAAACCACAUAGCACCACCAUCUUGCAUCAACUGUUUCAUUGAGUAAUAGAUCAACUGCAUGUGAAGUUGAAGCACAUUCUCAUAUCUCAUACUGUUCCAGUUACUGAGGUACAACCUCUAGGAGACCCCAGUUUAAAGUGUGCUGCAGUGGGAACAACAACCCACUGAUGGACUGCAGUAUUAUAAGUGUUCUUGGGUUUACAACCCUGGUUCACUCAAGGUCACACUGAUGUUUAUGGGCCGGUAGUCAGAGGGAUGAAAAUUCUAUGUAAAAACGACAGAGAUGAUGAAUAGAAAAGAGAUGGGGAAGAAGGCAUGUUAAUGAAGUGGUGACGUUAUGUCAGGUCAGUUUGACAAAGGUGUCUCUGUUCCAGGCUGAAUAAUCCCUAAACAGUGAGGGUGUGUGUCGCCUGGGGGGCACAGGUGGUUCCCUCCUAAUCUAAACCACCCUGAGCCACUUAGCCAUGCCCCACAGUAAAGGCACUGUAGUCCUGCUAGGCUAAAGAGCCAAUCCUCUGGGAACAAGGAUCAACUCCACACAGGGUCAAUGGGCAGAUGCAGAGUUACUAAGCCUGCCAGAAACUACAUCUCCCCUGCCACAACAAAGAUAGGCGUGGUGGAAGUCAUUUUAGGACACUGGUGUAUGGAGGAAAUCAGUUGGCUUGAGCACGACGAUCACACGUCAGUUUUGUUCUACUUCAUUGCUUAAAAAAGUAUCUCCACAACUCAGGUCCUUAAAAAGUGGUAUAUUUAAAGGUAUAUUUAGCUUCCUUUACUCCUGUCCCUCCAGCUCCACCAGGUGCUGGUCCAGCUGCAGACAGGGGAGAAGGAGCAGGACUUCUCUCUGCUGCCCAUCCAGGUGUCCAUCAGUGUGCAGCUCUGGAGACUGCCAGGCUGCCAUGAAUUCCUGGCUGCACUAGGUGAGAUAUUGAUAUCAAUAAAAUCAAUAUCCAAAUGAAUAUCAUUUCCUAAUUUGUCAGUAGUAGGAGUAGAGUGAAACACUACAAGUCAGCUGUAUGUGUGUUAAGCCGGUAGAGUAACUGUCCUGCCCUGUGUGUGUGCAGGGUUCGACCUGUGUGAGGUGGGGCAGGAGGAUGUGGUACUGAAGACGGGGAAGCAAGCCAACCGCCGCACCAUGCACUUUGCCCUCCAGUCCCUACUGGCACUAUUUGGUAAGUAUCGUAUUUGUAGAUACACAGUGAUUAAAAUUGAUUGAUACAGGAUAGGUUCAUGUCCACCCUUACAAUUUCGUCCCACUCUUCCCCCUCCUCCUCUCUAUCCCAGACUCCACAGAGCUGCCAAAGCGUCUCAGCCUGGACAGCUCGUCCUCCCUGGAGUCCCUGGCCUCGGCCCAGUAUGUCUCAAACCCCCUACCACUGGGCUACCCCAACCCACCCUUCUCCCCACCCUGCCUGGACAAUCUGGCCUCAGACGCCAUCUCCGUCUACAGCCUGAGCUCCGUGGCCUCCAACAUGAGCUUUGCGUCCAAGUCAGAGUGUGACUUCCUGGGCCAUCGACAGCGUGGUGGGGCCACAGCACACUUCUCCGCCCACAAACACCCACACGUUCCCCGCAGUCGCUCCUCUCCUCACGGGGUGGCUGCAGCAGCAGGAGGGGGCCGGGGAGAUGACGAGGAGUAUGAAGGCUUCUCCAUCAUCAGCAGUGAGCCUCUGGGAAGUCACUGUGACUCCCUGCCUCUACCUCCGGGUCACGGGCAGCGCCACCUCCACCGCGGGGGAAAGGGUGUUGUUGGGGGGUCCAACUCGGGCGCUGGGCGGGGUUACCAGGUCUCUGUGUCGUCACGAGGCAGUGUCAGCACCCCCACUUCCCCUGUCAAGACCAGCCUGAUUCCCAGCCCCAACUCUCCCUUCCAGAAGGUGCCGGGAAAGGUUAGCAGCUCAGACACAGGUGAGUCGGACCAGUCCAGCACUGAGACAGACAGCACCGUCAAAUCCCAGGAAGAGAAGACUGUCCCUCUGGAUCCCCAAGAGCUGGCCCAGAAGAUCUUGGAAGAGACCCAGAGCCACCUGCGGGCGGUGGGGAGUCUACAGCGGGCUGGGGCUGAGGGGGCUGCAGCUGGAGCCACAGCCAGGAACUCUGCCUUCCGCUCCUCAGAGACCAGCGCCUUCAGCCGUCCCAGUAGCAGCACCAGUGUCCGCGCCCAGUCCUCCCCACGACCAAAACCUCCAUCCCGCUCUUCCUCUCUGCAGAAGAUCAGCUCUGGUUACAACAGCCCUGCAGCCUCGGAGACCUCCCUAAAGGAUGGCAGUCACCCCUCCCCCACCCUGGACAGCCAUGCCCAGUUCAAGCUAAAAUACCCCAGCUCCCCCUAUAGUGGGCACAUCUCCCGCUCUCCCAGUAACGUGUCGCCCAGCUCUGGCCACCAGUCCCCAGCUGGCAGUGCCCCAUCCCCAGCUCUCUCCUACUCCUCCACGGGCUCUGCCUGCUCCAGCCCUGCCGAUGUCCCAGACCUGGACCGCCUCAGAAGGGGUGUUAUCGAUGAGAAGGUUGUGGCCAUCCACAACCUGAAGACAUUCUGGGCCAAUGCAGCGGCCCAGCAACAGCAGCAGCAUCUGGGUCCAGUCCGGGCUCUCCGUGGCACCCCAGGACCCCUAGUCUCUGCCAAGAGAGAUGUGCUGAGCCUUCUGAACCUCUCCCCACGACACUGCUCCCCCAGCGACGCCCAAGACAGCCUGGAGCUGCGGGAGCUGGGGCUGCACUCGCUGGACAGGGGCAGCAAGAACCCCUCCAACGGACACAACCCCAGAAAGGUGGCCCCCUCGCCCACUAUUUCCACUAGCAGUAGCCCUGGUGCUCGCUCUAUCAGACUACCUGCUGGAAAUGGAUACAAGUUCCUCUCCCCUGGCAGGUUUUUCCCCUCCUCCAAAUGCUGAGACACUUUAAAAAUGGUCCUAUUUCCUGUAUUUUGCCUACCACUUCCUAUCCUGUGUACUGGGGGAGUAGGACAUUUUCUGGAGGGUCACUAUUAGCCCACCGAACUUGAUUGACAAUGAAAAGGAUUUGAUCAGCCAAUGAGAGUGAUCCCUCAGAGGCUCAUGAAUGCUUAGAGUGUCUCGUCGUUGUGCCCAUAACACUGUAAAUGGCAAUGAGAAAGACUCAAAGACCUGAUACUGUGUUUGUGUGCAUGUGUGUCAGGUAGACUUCAAUGCCAAUCGGUAUUUCCUCCCCCAAAUUUGUUAUUUGUGUGGACCAAGAUGAAACCGCUCCAACUGGUCUCCUCCAUUCUAUUUUUGUUUCAAUCUAAUGAUUAUUGUUAUUGUUAU